AUGUCCUCACCACCCUGGGACUACAUCGCCAAGCUGGUCUGCAUAGGAGACAGCGGCUGCGGCAAGUCGUCCCUGACCAUCCGGCUCUGCGAGGGCCGCUUCGUGCAACACCACGAUGUCACGAUCGGAGUAGAGUUCGGCUCCAGGAUAGUACCUGUCGGCGCCCCCGCCAACAAGGCGAUAGCAUCCUCCCAGACAGACGCCUCUUCGUCACCCUCCAGCGCCGACCCCUCGUCAAAACCAGACCAGCCGCCACCAAACGGCCUGCCCGACCCGCCCCGCGCCGCCCCCAAGGACUCGCAACAGCCGCAGAAGCACAUGAAGCUGUCGCUCUGGGACACGGCGGGCCAGGAGACGUACAAGUCGGUGACGCGCUCCUACUUCCGCGGCGCGAGCGGCGCGCUCCUCGUCUUCGACAUCUCGCGCAAGUCGACCUUCUCGCACGUCACCGACUGGCUCAACGACCUGCGCCAGAUCGCCGAGCCCGACAUCGUCGUCAUCCUCGUCGGGAACAAGGCCGACCUCGCCAACGAGAAGCGCGAGGUCAGCGCCGAGGAGGCCGCCACCUGGGCCCGCCAGAACGGCGUGCUGCGCUACGUCGAGACGAGCGCCAAGACGGGCGAGUACGUUGAGGAGGCCUUCCUUGGCGUCGCAGAGAGGAUAUACCAGAACAUCCAGGCCGGCAAGUACGAUCUGAACGACAGGCGCUCCGGCGUCAAGGGCCAGGGCGCUGGGUGGGGUGGCGGGUCGAACGUCAAGGUAGAUGCGAGGAAGAGUUCAAAUGGUGGUGUGUGUUGUUGA